AUGACAAACCCAACCAUCGCCGCCACAAUCGCGGAUGCAAUCCAAAAAGACAAGUCCGAAAUAGCACUCAUAAACAACCACAUCCACUCCAACCCCGAACUUGCCUACCUCGAAUUCACCGCCCACUCCACGCUGGUCCAUUCCCUCCGCCGGCUCGGAUUCUCCGUCACCUCGCCCGCCUAUGGCCUGCCCACCUCUUUCGAGGCCGAGUUUUCCAAUGUUGGCCCUUCUGGUGAACAAGGCCGCCUGGUAAUCUUCAACGCCGAGUACGACGCCCUUCCCGAAAUCGGUCACGCCUGCGGCCAUAACCUCAUUGCGUCCGCUUCUUUGGCUGCCUUCCUUGGUGUUGCCGCCGCUUUGAAAGCCUCCGGUCAGCCAGGCCGUGAUGCUAGCCAACGUCAAGUACCGCGUGUACUUCACCGGCCGGGAGGCGCACGCUUCCAUCUGCCCUGGGCGGGCAUCAACGCCCUCGACGCCGUUUGUUUGUCGUACAACGCUAUUAGCAUGUUGCGGCAGCAGAUUCGGCCUGAAGAGCGGGUACACGGUGUUUUUCGCGAGGCGGGGACAAGGCCGAAUAUCACGCCGGCGGAUUGUUGCGUGGAGUAUUACGUCCGGUCUGUUACCCGGAAGGGGGCGGAGGAUCUGGGCGAGAGGGUACUGAAAUGUUUCGAGGGAGCGGCGUUGGCGACGGGGUGCGAGUGGCGGAAGGAAGAUAUGUCUCCGUAUUACGAUGUGCGACCGUCAAAGGGGCUGUGUAAAGCUUGGAUGGAGGCUAUGAAUUCUUCCCAGAUAGCAGAGGAGACGGAAGGGAAAGGGAAAGGAAAAGUAGCAUGGGAAGACCCCAAGGAUUUCUUCCAGGGAAGCACGGAUAUGGGGAAUGUGUGCUAUGAAUGUCCGGGGUUUCAUGGCGUGUUUGGGAUUGAGACGGAGGAGGGGGCGGCAAAUCAUACCAAGGGGUUCACGGCGGGGGCGGGGACGCAGGAUGCCUUUGAGAAGGCGUUGGAGUGUGGAAGGGCGAUGGCGGAGGUGGGGUGGAGGGUGCUUGUUGAUGAAGGAUUUGCGGCGGAGGUGAGGAGGGAGUGGGAGGGGGAUAUGAAGGAUGCGGAGGAGGGGAGGUAA